AUGUCGGAAUAUAAGUUCAUUAAUUUUCCACAUUUUGUAAUAAGAAAAAUAUUUCGAGAAUUGGAACAUAGUGGUCCAAAGCUCUAUGGUCUAAAGAGAUAUUCAACUGAAACCACCAUUAAUGGUAUUCAUUUCUGUAAUUCUACAAGUGUACAAUUCAUUUACUUGUCGCUUGUUUCAAAAGAUUGGGCCAAUCAUAUUAUUCCAAAUAUAGAAAUACCAUGGUACGUUGCAAACGAAAGGGACUUUUAUUUUUAUAAUCUAUGGUCAACAAAAGGAAUUUUUAAUAACAUUUAUAAACCCAUAGUAUUUGAUGUAGAAAGAAUAGUAUUCCAAACAGCAGAUGACCAAUACCAAUAUCCAUCAAUUCCAAAAUCAAUAAAAAAUAUUUACAAUUUUGAAAUCCAUCAACUUGUUCAGGAGGUUCCUUAUGAAAUGCCACAAGAUGAAUCAGAAAUAUUUAGUAGAUUUCGUUUUAACCAUUUAAAACAUUUAAAGGUCAGUUUAUACCAUUUAUUUAUAAGCGCCAAUACGACACAUUACUACCCAACAUUUGCAAUUCCCUCAAAAGAAGUUUUGAAAGAUAAUGAAACAUUUAUUGACUUUGCAAGAGUAAAUUCGAAAAUAGAGAAUUUAGAGCUAACUGGCACAAGAGGCGUUAUCAUCAAUGUAGGCUUUCUAUCCAAACUAUUAACUGGAUCAAUAAAGAAAUUAAAAAUCUCAUCAUCCUCUUUAUACUUUGAGAAUGAACUUCUCGAAGAGCCAGUCGAUGGUACAACAACAAUAGUUCCUGUUCUCGAUUUUAUGCAAAACAUGAUAAAAGCCAAUUUAUUUUUUCGUUUGCAAUCUUUAAAGCUUAUCAAUACUAAUAUCAGUAGUGAUUUUAUAGCACUCACCAACUUAAAAGAAUUAAAACUUUCAAACUCCAUUGGCUAUAUUGGCAGGAUAAUCGAAAAAAUGCACACCAACCAAACACUAAAGGUUUUAUCAAUCACUGAGAAGAUCACCCAAAAUAAUAAUAUUGUUUUAAAAGCUAUAAAAAAACUAUUCGAGACCAACAAUACUCUGGAAAAAAUUACCCUCGAUUUCAGUGUGACCUACGAUCCACAAGAUAUUACCCAAGAUUCUAUCUAUGGCGACUCUAUGAAUUUAAUAGUUUCAGUAACAUCAGACUCACUAAAAAGAUUGAAGAUUAUUAGCAACACAAAUGUUAUCAUUCAAAGUGCACCAUUAUUAGAACGUUUAAUUAUUAUUGAUAAACAAAUCAAUAAAAGCCACACAAAUAACUCAAUAUGUGACUACAAAGAAUUACCAAAACUUACUCAUUUCGGAUUCAUUGGUAAAAUAACCAAUCAACCAUUAAAAGAAUUUUUAUUAAAUUUAAACAAUUCAAAUAUUUUAUACUUGGAGCCAUUUCAAAUUAUAAAUAAAAACAAUAAUAAUAAUAAUCAAUUUUCAAUUAUAAAUUUAUUAAAUAAUAGCAAAGAUUUUAAAAUCAGAAACCUAAAAAUUAAUAUUGAUAAUAAUUUAUUCGUUUAUAAUUUAAUUCAGUCACUAUCUCAAGUAUCAUCAAUAGAGCAUUUGGAAUUAACUCUUGGCUUUUCAGUUUAUUAUAAAGAAAAUGAAAAGAAGUGUAUUGCUUUGUUGAUCCAAGAAUUAUUAUAUUCAUUAUUAACUCAAGAAAACUCAACCAAGAGCCUCAAAUCGAUUAGAAUUACAAAUAAUAAUAUCGAGAUAUGUAAAUGUGAAAAUUCAAAUAAUUCAUGCAAAUCAUUUAUCGGCCAAUUUAACCUUAUCGAUAUUAUUCAUAAAAACAACCACAUUACUUUACAUCUUCCUUCAAUAUUAAAAAGAAGUCUCACCCCACAUUUUGAAAAUAAUAAUAAUUCAAUCAAGAUCUCAAAUGUUAGUGUUAACAGAUGGUAA